CAGCCGCGUUCUUGGCUGUGUCCGAUUGGCUGGCGGGAGCGGAAGUGCGCGCUGAUUGGUGGAGGCGUCGCGAGUUUGAAACAUUCAAACGGAGUGCGGGAGCGGGGGCGGAACGGAAGGCAGGGGAAGCGGGGCCGGGACCCGGGAUCGGAGCUGAGCCGCACCGGGAGCGGGCCGAGCCGAGUUCAGCCUAGCAAGCCGCCAAGCGAGAGCACGAGGGAGCGGCCCGGAACCGUCAUGGCCUCGCAGAACACCGACCCCGCCGCCGUGCCCAGCGCCGCCGCCCGCAAAGGGGCCGAGGCGGGAGCCACGGCCGCCCGCGGCUCCGUGGGGAAGAGGCUGCAGCAGGAGCUGGUGGCGCUGAUGAUGUCCGGCGACAAAGGCAUCUCCGCCUUCCCCGAGUCCGAUAACCUCUUCCGCUGGAUCGGCACCAUCGACGGCGCGGCGGGCACGGCCUACGAGGAGCUGCGCUAUAAACUGUCCCUGGAGUUCCCCAGCGGAUAUCCCUACACCGCACCCACGGUGCGCUUCCUCACGCCCUGUUACCACCCCAACGUGGACGCUCAGGGCAACAUCUGCCUCGACAUCCUGAAGGAGAAGUGGUCGGCGCUGUAUGACGUGCGCACCAUCCUGCUGUCCAUCCAGAGCCUGCUGGCAGAGCCCAACAUUGACAGCCCGUUGAACACGCAUGCUGCAGAGCUGUGGAAGAACCAGGCUGCCUACAAGAAGUACCUGCGGGAGAUGUACAGCAAGCAGGCUAAGAGCCAGGAGACCUGACCCCCACCACACCACCCCCUUGCCCCUGUCUGCUGCGCCUUUCUGUAUUAUAGGCUGUUUUUAACUUAAUUCUGGAGUGCGACCUACGGUUAAUGUAUAAAUAAAUACACAUCUAUAGGUUCUUC